CCUUCCACCCACUCAGUGCUAGCAGGUAACAUUGACCGACAGGGUCAACACUGAGAGAGCCUCCACAAAUGGGCCACUUGUAACAACUAACACCUCUUCUACUUCGAGCCAUCCGCACCUUACAACCGCAACAGGAGCAAACAUCAUCCUCAUCACCUUCAAGGUUUCCAUUUUCCAUCGUUAAGCGGUUUUUCACCUAAGGUCGGAGAAAAUGGCAGCAAUUCCAUCAAGUGGCUCCCUCAUCGCCACCCAUGAUUACUACAGAAGGCGCCUUGGGUCUGCCUCCAGCAACAGCUCCUGUGGAAGUGCAGAGUACACAGGAGAGAUCAUUCCACACCAUCCAGGACUUCCAAGACAAGACUCUGGCCACUGGUGGACCUCAUUUUUCUUUGCAAAACCAAACCAGCCCGGCAUGCAGAAUGGAUCAGAAAAUCAAAAGAACAGAAGCUACACAGUGGCUAACGGCCAGGUGACCUGCAUUGCCAGGGAAAUGGUUUUGAACAGACAACUCAGCGAGAGUAGUGAAAGUGGGAAAUCUGAAUCAUCAGCAACAUCUAUUUAGACCCACCCGCCUGCCCCCCGUCCCGCCCUGAACCCCCCUCAUGCCUCUCUCACCCUCAGCUUGCUAUCCAACUCAUAGUCCUCCACAGGAGAUGAGGAUGAAGAUGGUGGAGAUGAAGGUGCUCGUAUCUUUAGUAAAUAGUUUGCUUUUCAUAUUUGCCUGUGUAUAGUAUCUUUUUAUUAUGACCAAAGGUUAAAGAUAUCAAGUGUGUACAUUUUUUCAUUUAUUCUUGUAUCUUGACACUGUUGAUGAAAUAAAAUGCUUAAAGACAAAAA